AUGAAUGUUGUCAUCGUCUCUCUGUUGCACAGUCCUUGCGACUUGCAGCAGCUAGUCGGUUUUUCGGCUGCCUAUCUUGUGCUUAACUGUAGACAAAUUGAUGUUAGCUACUCUUUCUUAGCACCUUUUGGCUGGCCAGCCAGUUGUUGCUCCUCCUCCUCUACACUGGAUGCAGCAGCAGGGCAGCUGGCAACACUCACUCUACUUAAUGAUGCACUUGUCUCUCUCUUUGUCUCAGGAAAGCGUCCCCAACCUCUACAGCAAAUGCCUCAGCGAAAGCAGAGAUGGUCUCCUGAUAGACGCUUACAAGGAAGAAAGCCUGCACAGUUUAUGCAGAGAGGUCGAAUGGAUGGUGGUGGACGGCGCCAGUUAAUGGAUGGAGUUGGUGGUGGUGGUGGCCAGUGGAAUCAAGGUGGCCAGAACGUUACAGCUGCUCUUUUCUCAGACGAUCAGCAGUUUCUAAAUCCCAACCAGAUGGGUGGUCAAGGUGAUGGUCAAUUUGGCAACCAGUCAUGGGGUCAAGGCAUGGACCAAGGAGGUAACUACGGCGGAGGCUAUCAGUCUGGCGGCGGUGGCGGUGGUGGUGGCGGCGGCGGCGGCCGAGGGUUCAACAACGACAACAUGAAUUACGGCAACUAUGGUGGUGGUGGUGGUGGCGGCAGUGGCUGGGGUGGUUCAUACCGAGGCUACAAUUAA